AGAGGAAUUAAUUGUGUUUAUCUAUUUCUUAAUUUCAAUGAAGUAAGAAGAGAAGGCUUGCUUGUUUGUUGUAAGUUGACGUAAGAGUCUCUCUCUCUCUCUCUUUCUAGUCUCAAUUUCCUUCCUAGUUCCUAGUUAAAUUGACACCACAGGCCUGUAAUUCUCAGUUUUCCAAAAAACACAACAUUCUCUGUUUCUUUAAUUUCGCCUUUUGUUUGUUUCUUUCUUCCAUAACUCCCAUAAAUUCUCAUUCUUCAAAUCCCAUAAACUCUUUCUCUGAAAAGCUAUUCGAUUCAAUUGAAUUCUAGCGUUUUCCUCUGUCUCUGCUCCAACAUUGUGCAAGUUUCUGCUCGAGAAAAUUGCUGCAAAAGCUUGUGUUUUUCUUCAAUUAUAUGAAAUUUCAGCAACUGGGUAUUUGAAGAAUUGCCGGAAAACCAUGACGGAAGCUCCGAUCAAGGCAGCAUUGCCGGAAUCGUCGUCUUCAAGCUCUGUGGAGCAGAACCGACAAUUCGCGCAUCUCAGAGGCGUGCAGUGGCGUAUCAAUCUUGGGAUUUUGCCUUCUUCUUCCAUAGAUGAUCUUCGAAGGGUUACCGCUGAUUCUCGGAGGAGAUAUGCUGGUAUGAGAAGGCGCCUUCUAGUUGAUCCACAUAUUCCCAAGGAUGGAAGUAAUUCUCCUAACCUUGUCAUGGACAAUCCACUUUCAUUAAACCCAGAUAGCACUUGGGGUCGCUUCUUUCGAAAUGCUGAGCUAGAGAAAAUGGUUGACCAGGAUUUGUCACGUUUAUAUCCGGAACAUGGGAGCUAUUUCCAGACACCAGGAUGCCAAGGCAUGUUAAGACGAAUCUUGCUCUUGUGGUGCCUUAGACAUCCUGAGUAUGGUUACAGACAAGGAAUGCAUGAACUAUUGGCUCCUCUGUUGUACGUUCUUCAAGUUGAUGUGGAACAUCUUUCUCAAGUUAGAAAGCUUUACGAAGAUCAGUUCACUGACAAAUUUGAUGACCUAUCAUUUCUUGAUAAUGAUCUUACAUAUAAUUUUGAUUUUAAAAAGUCUCCAGAUAUUAUGGAAGAUGAGAAUGGGUCACAUGGAAAUGUGACAAAAGUUAGGAGUCUUGAUGAGCUUGAUCCUGAGAUACAGACCAUUGUGUUACUGAGUGAUGCUUAUGGGGCUGAAGGUGAACUGGGUAUUGUCUUAUCUGAGAAAUUUAUGGAGCAUGAUGCAUAUUGCAUGUUAGAUGCUUUGAUGAGUGGGGCCCAUGGCUCAGUUGCAAUGGCAGAUUUCUUCUCUCCCACUCCUGCAGGUGGGUCUUACACUGGUUUACCUCCUGUCCUUGAAGCAUCUGCGGCAUUAUACCACCUGCUAUCUCUUGUUGACUCCUCUCUACACAGCCACCUUGUUGAGCUUGGGGUUGAACCGCAGUACUUUGCACUUCGCUGGUUACGGGUUUUAUUUGGACGUGAAUUUUCACUUGAAGACUUGUUGAUAAUUUGGGACGAGAUAUUUGCAUCAGAUAAUAGUAUAUUAGACAAAGUUGCUGAAGAUGACACCAUGUCCAGCUUUGGGGUCCUUAAUUCACCUCGUGGAGCAUUUAUUUCAGCUAUGGCAGUUUCAAUGUUACUUUAUUUGAGAUCUUCCCUACUUGCAACUGAACAUGCUACUUCUUGCCUUCAGAGAUUGUUAAACUUUCCAGAGACUGUAAAUUUAAAGAAACUGAUAGAAAAGGCAAAAUCCUUGCAGGCUCUUGCACUGAGUGCUAAUAUGUCAUCUUCAUCUUCUUCACUUGGUGGGGCUUUAAACCGGAGUAAAUCAGCAGCUGUAAGAGGUCAUAGCCUAUCAUCCGAUUCUGUUUCUCCUAAAACUCCUUUAAAUCUGGUACCUGAGAGCUACUGGGAAGAGAAGUGGAGAGUUCUACACAAGGCUGAAGAACUUGAGAAAAGUGGUUCAACAAAACAAGUUCAAACUCCAAAAAGAGGUUGGACAGAAAAAGUAAGAUUGAGUCUCUCCCGAACAGGAUCAUCUCCUGCAAAGGUUGGGAGUGGCAAAAAGGAUAGCAAUUCAUCUGUUAAACGAAGUUUGUUAGAAGAUCUUUCUCGAGAACUUGGCUCAGAUGAAGACACUGAGAAAGCACACUGUGAUGAAGUUUUAAGCCAGAAAAACAGUGUAUGUGUAGAAGUUGAGGUGGAGGGACAAGAUGGUGGCAAGAAGGAAAUUACUUGCACUGCUGAGGGGAGUUUGAGUGGGAAUGCUGGAAGUGAAGAAAACUUGUCUGUAUAUUCAGACCCAACAAGUUAUCUUAAUGGGGCUAAUGACCAAGAAAAUGACUCUGAAAAAAGUAGUGUUGCAUCAACUUCAUCCCUUGAGGAAAGUGAUGAUCAUUCCAGUACCAUCCCAGAUGAAUCACCUCUUCCAGUUUCUGAUAACCCCAAGGACGUCUUCCCAAAAUCUGGAUUGAACAAUGAUUCCAUGGGAAAUUCUUUGACAGUUCCAAAAGAGCGAAAGCUUCUUUCAGGUAAAUUCCAGUGGUUUUGGAAGUUUGGGCGUAAUGCUGCUGGUGAGGGUACGUCUGAGAAAGGAGGAGGUACCUUUGAGGCUACAAAAUCUGCCAACUGUGAAAAUGACCAGGACAAUACUGCUGGCUUUCUAGUUGCUAAUGCUUCUUGUAACUCUUCUAUUAGCGGCAAAGGAGAUGCUACGGACCAGAAUGUGAUGGGUACUUUGAGGAAUCUUGGACAGUCUAUGCUUGACCAUAUUCAGGUAAUUGAGACUGUUUUCCAGCAAGAUCGGGGUCAGGUGGGAUCAUUGGAGAACUUAUCUAAAAAUGGUUUAGUUGGAAAAGGACAAGUUACAGCCAUGGCAGCUCUCAAGGAGUUACGGAAAAUCAGCAAUCUUUUAUCUGAGAUGUGAGAAGCGUUGACAGUUCAAGUCCCCUCCCUCCUCAAACUAUUGGAUUAUAAAAAUAUAUAUACUAUGAUAUAGCAUAGUACAUAUCUUCGGCUUCAAACAUAGCAAUGUAUAUCUAAUGUGUUAUAAACAUGGAACUAUUUCACUUCUUAGAUUUCAAAUGGAUUUUGAAUACAAUUCUUAUAGAUUGUAUCAAGAUAGGAGAAUUGACCAUUGAAGUGAAAGGAAGUGAGGCAAAUAAAUUGUAUGGUAAAACGUGAGUACAUUUUGACAAAUAAAUUAUAUGGUUGAAUUUAUCCUUCUUGAAAAGGAUAAUAUUGUUCAUA